CGGGAGUCCCGACGGCAAGCUUCGAGACAGCCCAGUUUGUGGAGGCCGCUAUGGCUACCGCUCCGUGGGCCGAGAUCCGCGAGAAAUUCCAGGCGGCCCUGGCCCUGUCGCGGGUGGAAUUACAUAAAAACCCGGAGAAGGAGCCGUACAAGUCCAAAUACAGCGCCCGGGCGCUGCUGGAGGAGGUCAAGGCGCUGCUCGGCCCCGCGCCGGAGGAUGAGGACGAGCGGCCUCUGGCCGACGAGGGCUUGGGCGCGGGGGACCACGCCCUGGGGCCGCCUACCGAGGCCGUGGAGCCCGAGGGGCCCGCUGCGCAGCGGGCAGUGCGGCUGGCGGUUCUCGAGUUCCACCUCGGGGUGAACCAUAUCGACACGGAGGAGCUGUCGGCCGGGGAGGAGCACCUGGUGAAGAGCUUGAGGCUGCUGAGCCGGUACCGGCUCUCGCAUCGCUGCGUCUCGCUCUACGUGCAGGCGCAGAAUAACCUGGGCAUCUUAUGGUCUGAAAGGGAAGAAAUUGAAACUGCACGGGCUUACCUAGAAUCAUCAGAAGCUCUGUAUAAUCAAUACAUGAAAGAGAUUGGGAGACCUCCUCUUGAUCCUACAGAACACUUUCUUCCUGAAGAAGAGAAGCUAACUGAACAGGAGAGAUCAAAAAGAUUUGAGAAGGUUUAUACUCAUAACCUGUAUUACCUGGCUCAAGUCUACCAGCAUAUGGAAAUGUUUGAGAAGGCCGCUCACUAUUGCCACAGCACACUGAAACGCCAGCUUGAGCACAAUGCUUAUCAUCCUAUGGAGUGGGCUAUUAAUGCUGCUACCUUGUCCCAGUUUUACAUCAAUAAGCUAUGCUUUAUGGAAGCCAGACACUGUUUGUCAGCUGCUAAUGUUAUUUUUGGUCAAAUUGGGAAAAUUCCAGCCACAGAAGACACUCCUGAAGCAGAAGGAGAUAUGCCAGAGCUUUAUCAUCAGAGGAAAGGGGAGAUAGCAAGAUGCUGGAUCAAGUACUGUCUGACACUCAUGCAGAAUGCCCAGCUUUCCAUGCAGGACAACAUAGGCGAGCUUGAUUUUGACAAACAGUCUGAACUUCGAGCUUUAAGGAAAAAAGAACUAGAUGAGGAGGAGAGCAUCAGGAAGAAAGCUGUGCAGUUUGGAACAGGGGAGCUAUGCGAUGCCAUUUCCGCAGUGGAGGAGAAAGUGAGGUAUUUGAGACCUUUAGACUUUGAAGAAGCCAGAGAACUCUUCUUACUGGGUCAACACUAUGUCUCUGAGGCAAAAGAGUUCUUCCAAAUCGAUGGGUAUGUCACUGACCAUAUUGAAGUUGUCCAAGACCACAGCGCUCUGUUCAAGGUCCUGGCCUUCUUUGAAACUGACAUGGAGAGGAGGUGCAAGAUGCAUAAACGCAGAAUAGCUAUGCUAGAGCCCCUCACGGUGGACCUGAAUCCACAGUAUUACCUAUUGAUCAAUAGGCAGAUUCAGUUUGAAAUUGCACACGCUUAUUAUGAUAUGAUGGAUUUGAAGGUUGCCAUUGCUGACAAGUUAAGGGAUCCUGAUUCACACAUUGUAAAAAAAAUCAAUAACCUUAAUAAGUCAGCCCUGAAGUACUACCAGCUCUUCUUAGACUCCCUGAGGGACCCAAAUAAAGUAUUUCCUGAGCAUCUAGGGGAGGAUGUUCUUCGCCCCGCCAUGCUUGCUAAGUUUCGCGUUGCUCGUCUCUAUGGCAAAAUCAUCACUGCUGAUCCCAAGAAAGAGCUAGAGAAUUUGGCAACCUCAUUGGAACAUUACAAAUUUAUUGUCGAUUACUGUGAAAAGCACCCUGAGGCUGCCCAGGAAAUUGAAGUUGAGCUAGAACUUAGUAAAGAGAUGGUUAGUCUUCUCCCGACAAAAAUGGAGAGAUUCAGAACCAAGAUGGCUCUGACUUAAAUGUUUUUUUAAAAACAAGAAAUGUGCACUACUGGUGAUUUUUUCCCCCCAGUAUUCAGGCAGACCCAUUUCCAUUGUGAUGCUUCCCUACAGAGCAGAUGAGUGCCGUGUAAGGGGGGUACAGCCAGACCACCUCGGCAACAGAAAGUUAAUAAUUUAUACCUAAUUAUGUAAAUUGUCUUGUUCAAGUGACAUGUGAUUUGCACUCUAGAUUGCUUGUUUCCUAUCUAAAUAGAAGCAUUCCCUGUGCUAGGCAUGGUAUUACAUGCCUGUAAUCUCAGAUCUUGGAAGGCAGAGGCAGGGAGAUCUGGAGUUUGAGACCAGCCUGGCUAUACAGUGAGUUCAAAGCCAACCUGAGCUACAUAUUGAGAUCUUGUCUCAAACAGAAAAGAAAACAUAAACAAUAACAUGUAUGUUAUAUAUGUAUUGUUAUAUACAUACAUAUAUACUAUAAUGCAUAUGUAGGUAUAGAUGAACAUUUUUUGCCUCCAUUUCUAAACAUGGAUUCUUUGGUGGCUGAUGCUUGCUAGAUUCCUCACAAGGAAAAAUACUGGGUGAUGUACCUGGUAGACAAGUCUGUUACUGUACUAACUUUGAAAUAGUAACUUUCUGUAGUUUUGCUUUCUAAAAUAUUUACUAAGUUCCAAAGAAAUCUUUCCCUUUUCAAAAUACUAUAAACUUAAGUUAUAUUGUUGUAAAGUGUUGUAAAAUGGUUUAUAUUAACUAUAGGGUAAAAGCCUUGGAAAUAUAAUAAACACUUAUUUCAACUAAGAAAAA